UGUUGCCUGGCAAUGUGUGAUAGGCUUAAAUGAAAUUAAUUAAUAUCUAGUGACUUUAGGAUUUCCACAAAUCAGUAAAACCAAUCAGGAUGCAGCUUUAAGUCACCGGAUCUAAAAUUCUGCAUCCUAGUUGGUUUUCGUAAGCAAUCCAGUAGAAAAACUAGUAUUGUGCCGUUGGCUUAAGUUAUUUUUCGAUUCAAUUCUAGGGGUAAAGAACCGAUUCACCCAAAAAUCGACCAGUGAAGAAUCGAUUCAAAAAAUCGAUUUUUCCACCAAAAUAAUCGAUUUUUAAAAGAAUCGAAUCGGAAUCGAACAUCCCUAAGUUGAGCGGCUUCCCCCACUCUGUCUCCCUUGAUCGACGCGCAUAAAGUUACCGUCUCGUCGUUUUGUCGCUGUGAAGUUCGAAGUGAUUCAACUUCAGCGAAAAAUAGCCGCGUUUAAAUCGUUUUGUUUCGUUUCAAGAAAAAUGAAUUUCAACGACGGCAGUGAACAUUGGAACGAGGAAAAUGAAAUCGUUCACACAUGUGGACUGUGCGAGAUGGUUUGCAUGGCCAAUGAAGUACAAAGCCACCCAUGCCUGGAGUCUUUCGCCAGUUAUUAUCUGGACAAGCAGACAUAUUAUUUUUAUCCGCAGUGUGAAGAUGGAAAAAUUCUGCGUAGAAGCCUGGUGGACGGCACUGAACAAAAUGUUUUGCAGGCGCUUGUUCGAGAGGAUGCAGAGGAGACCGUUCAGGACGCAGAAAUGACAGACGAGGAGGGCUUCGACAUAGAAAAUCUGCCGGAGAAUCAAAAUCUCCGGAAGAUUUUUAUAGAAGAGCGUCUCAUCGAGGCGAUUCGGAGACGACCGCCUCUUUGGAACUUCAAGCUGCCAAUUACAGAAAGGGGCAUUCGGAGCAAAGAGAAGUUGUGGAUGGAUGUGGUCGCAGUAAUGAAAGGUGUGGUUACUUUAGCUGACGCCAAAAAAAGUGGAAAACUCUAUCGGAUACAUUCAGGAGGCAUCUGAAAAAUGCGGAGUUGCCAAGUGGUUCAGCAGCUCAAAAGAUUUCCAAGUGGAUUCACUUCAAGCGAAUGAGCUUCCUUCGAGAUGUACGCCUUCAAAACAAGUAUGUAUGAACUGUACAUAAUAAAAAUUAUAAAGAUCACAAUAUUAAACAAUCAGUGGUAUAAAAAAGACCAAUGAGAGUCAAUGCGGUUAUUAGUGUGCACAGGUGCAACUCACCAAUUCAGGAAGCAUGUGAAAUACAACAUAAUUUUAAGAUUAAACGAACUUGUAAAGUGAAGUUCGAUCUUAAUUAUGCCUUGUCUCGUCCGGAUGGACAACUAUGUAGUCACGUCUUCGUGCCUGCAUUCACAACAGAGUUUAUAAAGCCCCCCAAUCGAAAAAGGGGGCGCUUCCGCUACCGCCGGCGUUCGCCACGUCGCUAACUUCAUUAUUUAAAGUUCA